AUGUCAGUCACUUUACAUACAAGUUUAGGAGAUAUUAAAGUUGAAAUUUUUUGUGAUUCAGUUCCUUUAGCAUCUGAAAAUUUUUUAGCAUUAUGUGCAUCAAACUAUUAUAACAACACAAUAUUUCAUAGAAACAUUAAAGGAUUUAUGAUACAGGGUGGUGAUCCAACAAAUACAGGUAGAGGUGGUGAAAGUAUUUGGAAAAAGCAAUUUAAGGAUGAAUUUCCGUCACAUUUAAAACAUAAUACACGUGGAAUUUUAUCAAUGGCAAAUAGUGGACCAGAUACAAAUGGGUCACAAUUUUUUAUAACAUAUGGAAAACAUAGAAGUUUAAAUAAAGUUUAUACAGUAUUUGGAAAGAUAAUAGCAGGUAUUGAAGUUUUAGAUUUAAUGGAAAAAGUACCCGUUGAUGAUAAAGAUUUACCUUUAAAUGAAAUCAUUUUAAAAUCUGUUACAAUUCAUGCAAAUCCUAUUGCAAAUCAAUAA